GACCUACUAACCGUUGAACUGUCGCACAUUGCCAAUAUUAUCGCUUUGCAAGCACUUCUUUAGUUAACAGAGUAUUCUUUUUAAUGCUUACUCUUUCUGUGUAGCCUGUGUGAAGUAGAACACUUUGCUCUUCAUCUUUGCUGGCGCUGUAGACCGACUCACGUUUCAGUCUAAAGUCGAGGGGUCUUUAAGGGAGUUAACAAGUAAGCCAAUAGUUAAUCUUCUCCCGCUGUGCUAAAAAAUAAUAAAGCAAAAGUAAUAAAGUUGGAGACCAAGCGCCAGAGCCACAGCCCGUCCCAGAGCAAAGACAAAGGGAAGGAAACAGGUUUUAUGCCGCUAUGGACCCUGCAAAGUUUUCCAGGAAGCUCUGGAGCGCACGCAAACAGCUCAUCCUGAUGCUCGCCCCGCUACUGCUGCUCCCGCUGCUCUUCGUCGUGCCACCAAAGGAGGGCAAAUGUUUGUAUGUGGUGCUGCUGAUGGCGGUGUACUGGUGUACCGAAGCGCUCCCGCUGGCAGUGACUGCCAUGCUUCCCGUGUGCCUUUUCCCCACCAUGGGAAUCUUGCCUUCUAAGAAGGUCUGUCCGCAAUACUUCCUUGAGACUAACUUCCUGUUCCUAAGUGGUUUAGUGAUGGCGUCCGCUAUAGAGGAGUGGGGUCUCCAUCGCCGAAUAGCCCUCAGGGUGCUGAAGAUUGUCGGAGUGAAACCUGCCUGGCUGAUUUUAGGCAUGAUGAUCACUUCCUCUUUCCUGUCAAUGUGGUUGAGUAAUACAGCCACGACAGCCAUGAUGCUGCCCAUUGCUAAUGCCAUACUGGAAAGCCUUUUUGGAAACCUAGAGACUCUAAAAGAGAACUGCAAGCACAGGAGUGAUCCAGAGGGUGAUUCUCAGGUGAAGAUGCAUGUGCUUCCUUGUGAAAAGCAGAUGCUGACCACAGAAAACAACAGACCGGACUGGACAGAUAGAUCAGAGCGAAAGACUCUGGAUAAGGUCAGAAGAGAGGCUGAAUACCAGAUGAAGGUGUGGAAAGGAUUUCUGAUCUGUAUACCUUAUGCUGCAAGCAUCGGAGGAACUGCAACCCUCACCGGCACCGCCCCUAAUCUGAUCCUGGUGGGUCAGCUCAAGAGGUAUACCGUUUUUCCAUGGCUGCCAUGCUACUUCCCUGAAUGUGACCUCAUAAACUUUGGCUCGUGGUUUGUCUUCGCCUUCCCGCUCAUGCUUCUCUUCCUCAUUCUGGGCUGGAUCUGGAUUGCUUUCCUUUACGGUGGACUCAAUACACGGCUUUGCAUUAGCAAACAUGAUGAACGGGAAGCUGCAGAAGCAAAAGCAAGAGCUGUUAUUGAUGAAGACUACAAGAAACUGGGCCCAAUAAAAUUUGCAGAAGGAUCUAUCGCUUUCUUCUUCAUUAUAUUUGCCAUCCUUCUUUUCACGCGAGAUCCAAAGUUUGUGACAGGAUGGUCGGUUUUCUUCACCAAAGGCUACGUUUCUGAUGCAGUAACUGGGGUCAUCAUCAUCUCCAUCCUCUUUUUCUUUCCAUCCCAGCGUCCAUCUCUCCUCUGGUGGUUCGAUUCAAGAGCCUCAAAUGCACCAUAUGUGCCCCUGUUGUCAUGGAGAAAAGCUCAAGAGUGCGUGCCAUGGAAUAUUAUUUUGCUGCUGGGUGGUGGAUUUGCAAUGGCCAAAGGCUGUGAGGAGUCAGGGUUAGCAGUAUGGAUAGGAAAUCACUUGCAGCCUCUAGCUCAAGUCCCUCCUGCUGUCGCAGUCAUCCUCAUCACAGCCUUCAUCGCCUGCUUUACUGAAUUUGCCAGUAACACAGCGACCAUCAUUAUUUUCCUCCCUGUGAUUGCUGAACUGGCUAUCCGUGUGAAAGUCAACCCACUGUACUUCAUGAUCCCAGCGACAAUCGGUUGCUCUUACGCUUUCAUGCUUCCUGUAUCCACACCUCCCAACUCAAUCGCCUUCGCCUCCGGACACCUGAUGGUCAAAGAUAUGGUGAAAACAGGGUUUGUGAUGAACAUCCUGGGAAUUCUUUGUGUGUCUCUGGCCAUGAACACAUGGGGUAUUCAUAUGUUCAAUCUACACAUAUACCCUGAUUGGGCAAGACCUUUAAAUGAUUCUUCAGCAACCGUGGCUACACAUACUAUAGCAGCUAUGAAUAUGACCGGCUAGAGAGGUGAAUACGUCGGACACACAUUCAGUCCAGGUUCUGUAUAUACUGUAGAUACAUGACUAAACAGAAAUGGAAAAGUUGCUUAACUGAGGGAUUCCCUUUGUGGAUGGAUCAACACUAUCAUGACCUCACUUCCUGCUCUGCACUGCCCUCUUGUGCCUUCAUGCCACUUCACCAAUUUGGGGCAGGAAAUUUAAAAAUGUUUUAAAAACAUAUGUUUAUAUAUAUAUAGAUUUAAACUGGUAGAAAUCAUGUUAAAUUCAAGAUGUUAAAAUCUUUUAUGCAAAUCUCAACAUUUUUAAUAAAGUAUCCUCUGUAUCUGUUUAUUUUUAGAUUGUACAUUUGUUGUAUUAAUGUCAUUUGUACAGUAUAAUAUUGUAAAUUUGUUGUAUUUACGUAAUGUAUGCAGUAAUUGCUAAUUAUGUAACAUUUCUGUUCCAUUGUUGUGAUCUUGUGUUCAUUAUCCAUAAGUCCUA